AUGUUGUUGAUACAGGUCUUAGGAUUCCUGGGCUACCUUUCGUUAGCUUUGGCAAAGACCCAUACCUUCAACUUCACAGCAUCGUAUAUAAGCGCCAGUCCAGAUGGUGUGAAAGAAAAGAAAGUGAUUGCCUUCAACAAGCAGUGGCCACUUCCAGAGAUCCAUGUCGAUAAGGGUGAUAGAGUCGAGUUAUAUUUAACAAAUGGUCUUGAAAAUAAGAACACAUCCUUGCAUUUCCACGGUUUAUUCCAACGUGAUACCAACUAUAUGGAUGGUCCUGAGUAUGUCACACAAUGUCCAAUCUUACCAGGCGAGACUUAUCUUUACAACUUUACUGUCCCAGAUCAAGCUGGUUCAUAUUGGUACCAUUCCCAUACAGGUGCUCAGUAUGGUGAUGGUAUGAGAGGCGCUUUCAUUAUUCAUGACAAAGAUGAGCCUUACAAGUAUGAGGAAGAAAGAGUUUUAACCAUAUCUGAAUGGUAUCAUGAUCAAUACGAUAAUAUCUUUGGAGAAUUCUUGAACAGAUAUAAUCCAACUGGUGCAGAACCAAUCCCUCAAAACCUUUUAUUCAAUGAUACUGCAAAUGCAACUGUCAACGUGGAGCCAGGUAAAACAUACUUAUUCAGAUUCAUCAAUAUGGGGUUAUUUGUUUCUCAAUAUCUGUAUAUUGAAGACCAUAAACUUACGGUUGUUGAAGUUGAUGGUGUGAAUGUUGAACCAUAUGAAACUGACUACAUUUAUUUGACUGUUGGUCAAAGAUAUGGUGUUUUGAUUACUGCAAAAUCAAAUAAAGACAAGAACUAUGCUAUUGUCCAAGGAUUUGAUGAUACAAUGCUGGAUGCUAUUCCGGCUGAUCUAGUUCUAAAUGCUACAAGUUAUUUGGUGUACGAUAAGUCUAAACCAAUGCCUGGUGAAUACAAAAUUCAAAGUCUGGGUUCUUUCAAUGAUUUUAAUUUAAGAACUUUGGACAAAGUUGACCUAUUUGAUGAUUAUGAUUACCAAAUUACUCUCGAUGUUGUGAUGGAUAAUUUAGGCGAUGGUGUUAAUUAUGCUUUCUUCAAUAACAUCACAUGGACCAAGCCAGUUGUCCCAACAUUAUUAACUGCUUUAACAUCUGGUGAAGAAGCCACCAACCCAAGAAUAUAUGGUUCUAACAUCAAUGCUUUCGUCUUGCAACCAAACGAAAUCAUUGAAGUUGUUGUUAACAAUCAAGAUGAUGGUAGACAUCCUUUCCAUUUGCAUGGUCAUAUUUUCCAAGUUAUUCAAAAAUCUAAAUCUUUUGAAGAUCCAGUUUCUUAUGAUGAAAACAAACAUGAUGCAUUCCCAAAAUACCCAGUCAUGAGAGAUACAGUUAACGUCGAGCCAAACGGUUAUGUUGUGUUGAGAUUCAAGGCUGAUAAUCCAGGUAUUUGGUUCUUCCAUUGUCAUGUUGAUUGGCAUUUGGAACAAGGGCUAGCUGCUGUUUUCAUUGAAGACCCACUCGCUCUUCAAAAACAAACACCACCAAAGGACUUCUAUGAUAAUUGUCGUGCUGCUAAAAUUCCGCUUGAAGGUAAUGCUGCAGGUAAUAAAGAUUUAUUGGAUUUAACAGGAUUCACAUUGAAAGGUUAUAUUGCUUUUGCUAUCUCAACAUUUGCAGGACUUUAUGGUCUUUACUCGAUUAUUCAAUAUGGAUUAGAGGAUUCAAUCCAGGAUGAUGAAAAGAUAUUUGAAAAUCUAGAACGAAUUUUGACUGAAAACAAUCUGUUAGGAAACGAUCCUACAUCUGAUGCUAACGAACACACACAUCUGUCUAGUGCUGGUGAGGAUAUUUAG